CCCGGCCAGGGAACGCCACAUUCCCACCCCCACCGAGAGCAUGAAAAUCCUCCUCAUUCCUGCUCUUCUGCUGCAUUUCCUCCAACAAGGGAGCAGCAGAGGGAAGUUCCCUGGAGCCGAGCAGUAUGAAAUCGUUUAUCCACAGAAACUGCACGCAGUGCACAGGAGAGGUGUAGGAACAAGUUCAGAGAGCAAAUACGAUGAGACAGUGAAGUACAGGAUCAAAGCCAAUGGAGAGGAAGUGGUGCUGGAGCUCCGAAAAAAUCGGGAUCUCCUGGCUGGGGAUUAUUCUGAAACUCUUUAUUCUGCUGACGGCCAACAAAUAACAACAACUUCUCACAUCAAGGAUCACUGUUACUAUGGAGGCCACGUGGAGGGUGAUGCUAGUUCUGUGGCGAGCAUCAGCACCUGCACAGGGCUGAGUGGCUAUUUUGAAACCCAUGGCCAGAAGUUCCUCAUCGAGCCCCUGGGAGCCUCAGACAGGGCCAAACAUGUGGUUUAUAAAUACGAGGCCCUGAAACAAGAGCCCAUCAAAACCUGUGGGCUGGUCAACAACUCCUGGGAGCAGGACUCCAGUGACCCCAUCAACGACCUCUUCAAAUCCAGCAACAGCCCAGAGAUGAAAGCCUACCUGAAAGCAAGGAAGUACCUGGAGCUCUACGUUGUUGCAGACAAUGCUUUGUACAAGAAAUACGAUGAAGAUGUUAAAAAUAUAAGAAAAAGGAUAUUUGGAAUAGUCAACUACAUCAACACGGUUUAUAAAGCCAUCAACACGCACGUGGCUCUGGUUGGCCUGGAGGUGUGGACAGAUGGGGACAAGUGUCCCCUGAGCAGGGACGCGGGCUUCACCCUGGAUACCUUCUCCAAGUGGCGCCUGGCAGAACUGCUGAAAAGGAAACGGAACGACAACGCUCAGCUUAUCAC